AUGAAGAGUGAAGAAAAGGAAUCAAGUACCGUGACCAAUGCCAGGUACUCAGGCUCAGAUCAAAUAGACAACACUUCUGUUGAAGACAUCUCCAAUUCAGAACAAAACUCAAUAUGGCUGAGGAUAGUUAAGUUCCUUGAAGUACAGCCCCGUGGCGAGUUGACCACUGCUCAAAUGUUCCUUUAUAACCACGAUUUACGACCAGUGGAGGAGAAAAGAAGACUAUGGUCAUGGUAUAACUAUGUGUUUUUCUGGGUAGCUGACUCAUUCAACAUCAAUACUUGGCAAAUUGCUGCAACUGGUAUGCAAGCGCCGCUGAACAUGAACUGGUGGAUGACUUGGCUCUCGGUAUGGUUAGGUUACUUCCUUUGUGGUAUAUUUGUCAGUAUUGGUGCUAGAGUAGGUAUUCAAUAUCAUAUCUCAUUCCCCGUUGCCGUGAGAUCAUCCUUUGGUAUAUACGGUUCAUUGUGGCCAGUGAUCAAUCGUGUGUUUAUGUCAUGUAUUUGGUUUGCCGUACAAACAGCAGUGGCUGGUCCAACUUUCCAAUUGAUGUUGCAUGCUAUAUUUGGUAAAAGCUUACCAAACAAGAUCCACAAUACGAUUUCAGAUCCAGACUUGACAACUUAUCAGUUUUUGGGCAUAUUCUUGUUUUGGUUGUUUCAAUUGCCAUUUAUCUGGUUCCCACCACACAAGAUUAGACACCUUUUCACAGUAAAAGCAUACGUUGCUCCAAUUGCUGGAUUCGGUUUCUUGAUCUGGACUUUGGUCAAAUGUAAUGGAUUGGGAAGUGUUAUGCAUCAGAAGUCAGGAUUACAAGGCGGUGAGUUGGGCUGGGCGUUUGUCGAGUCAACAAUGAAUGCAUUGGCCAAUUUCGCCACCUUGAUUGUUAACGCACCAGAUUUUGCCCGUUUUGCAAAUAAGCCAUCAUUUGGUAUGAAGUACUUGGUUUACACCAUUUCGAUCCCAAUUUGUUUUUCAAUCACCUCGUUGAUUGGUAUUUUGGUGACCUCAGCCGCUGAAAACAAGUAUGGAGAAACUUAUUGGUCACCAUUGGAUGUUUUGGGCAGAUUCUUGGACAAUUACACUUCAGGUAACCGUGCAGGUGUUUUCUUUAUCUCUGCAGCAUUUGCCCUUGCACAAUUGGGUACAAACAUUUCAGCAAACUCAUUGUCGUUUGGUACUGACUGUUCAGCCAUCUUGCCACGAUUCAUCAAUAUCAGAAGAGGUGGAUACCUUUGUGCAUUUUUGGCAUUGGCCAUCUGUCCAUGGAAGUUGAUCUCCUCUUCAUCAAGAUUCACAACUUAUUUGUCUGCAUAUUCAGUUUUCCUUUCUUCGAUUGCUGGUGUUGUUGCAUGUGACUACUACUAUGUUAGAAGAGGCUACUUGAAGCUUUCGCACUUGUAUUCUGCCGAUCUUCCAGGGCAAGAAGAUAGCAUCAGCAGCACAAAAAACACUACGAUUAGAUCCAUGUAUGCCUAUAACAAGAUUGGAUGUAAUUGGAGAGCAUACUUGGCUUAUAUAUGCGGUAUCUUGCCAAAUAUUGUGGGAUUUGUUGGUGCUACAGGUACACAUACCGUGCCCAUUGGUGCUACAGAAGUGUACAGACUCAAUUUCUUUAUGGGUUUUUGCUCAGCAUUUAUCGUAUACGCAAUUCUUUGCUAUUUUUUCCCUGUUGAGAUUGGAAUUGAAAGAACCGGUCCAUUUGAGAAAGGAUGGUACGAAGAAUGUCCCGAUGUCGAGUUUUUUGAAGAAGAAUUGGUGGGACAUGAAAUCCAACUGCAGGAUAGUGUUAUUGACGAUAACGAUUUAAGUUUAACAUUUUCAAAGUCACCAAGAGAAAAAGAACAUGACAAUGGCAAUGAAAAUGUUAGCAAGCUCAGAAAAGUAUUCUUUCAUUGA